GGUUGCCCGGAGUACCUGUUUGUUGCUCUAGUUUUUUGCGUGGAUCCCCACUUUGCUGCCGCUGUGCCGAGUGGCUCCAUUUCUGAUAACGGAGAUGGGAAUCACCCAGUCGUUUUGUAUGUUAAGGGCUGGAUUUACUGGAGGCCGUUGGAGGAACGGAAAGGUGUGAAACUGCCUGAGUGGGAAGCCGCUUGUUCUGGGAUGGUGCAAUGGAUUUACUGAAAGAACUGAAGAGUAUGCCCAUGACUUUGGAUUUACUGCAGUCCACCCGCAUCGGGAUGUCGGUGAAUGCGCUGAGGAAGCAGAGCACAGAUGAAGAAGUGAUAUCGCUUGCCAAAUCCCUCAUCAAAUCUUGGAAAAAACUUCUGGAUGCUUCUGAGGAGAAAAACGAGGAGAAAAAGAAAAGCCUGUCCUUGCCAACAUCUUCCUCGAAGGAAACUGGUAACUCGAGAGACCAAAGCUCAAAUAAAAGGCAGGAGCCUCCGAAGACUCCGACCACCCCCAAAAUCACCACCUUCCCUCCGGCACCCGUCACCUGCGAUGCUGUCCGCAACAAGUGCAGAGAAAUGCUGACAACAGCUCUGCAGGCUGAUG